AUGUAUCUGCAAAACUUCCUCCUCACAGCCCUAUCCAUCGGCACGGGUGUUCUGGGUGCACCCGCCGAACUAGCCACUCGUUCAAGCAGGACUACUGCCCCCGCAGGUUGCCUGACAGUGGGUUCGGGUGGAACAUACUCGACCAUCACCGAGGCACUGGCUGCCCUUGGUUCUUCCUCAGCAGCAGCUUGUAUCUAUCUUGCAAGUGGCACGUAUGAGGAACAGAUUACUGUCAAAUAUUCCGGUGCUCUGACCUUCUAUGGCGAGACUGUUGAUACACAGACAUACAAGCAGAACACUGUUACCAUUACCCAUACUAUCUCUUCGCCUGAGGCUGGCUCGUUGGACAAGAGUGCUACUGUGAAUGUUGUCUCCAAUGGAUUCAAGAUGCAUAACAUCAAUGUGGUGAAUGGGUACGGGACUGGAGCACAAGCUGUUGCACUCGUCGCCAAUGCCAAUAAACUAAGCUUCUUUGCCUGUCAGUUCCUUGGAUACCAGGAUACCCUGUACGCCAAGUCGGGAACCCAGCACUAUGCCAACUCCAGAAUUGAGGGAUCAGUGGACUACAUCUUCGGCGCCGCUUCUGCCUGGUUCACCAACUGCGACAUCGUUUCCGUCGCUUCUGGUUAUAUCACCGCCAACUCGCGUGAGCAACCCACAGACAACACCUGGUAUGUAAUUGACGACUGCAACAUCAAGGCUGGGUCUGGAACUAGCAUUGGUGGCGCUGUAUACCUCGGUCGCCCGUGGCGAGUGCUUGCUCGCGUCAUCUACCAGAACUCCAGACUCGGUAGUUUGAUCAAUCCCAAGGGAUGGGCGACAAUGGCAGCGGGAGCUACUCCAGUUUUUUCUGAGUUCAACAAUUCUGGGGAUGGGUCGGAUACUUCUGCCCGCCUGUACGAGACUCCUAUCUCGGCUGCGGUUACAAAGGAGACGGUUUUGGGAAGUGAUUACGCUACUUGGAUUUGA